GUAACGCAGAUAAAAGCUCGGCUGCGUUGGGAUACUUCAUCGCUCCGUGUGUGGCCACUCUGGGGACGCUGCUCUGCUACCUGCUGCUGCCCCACCUGGACUUUGCUCGUUUUUACCUGAACAGGAAUCAGUGUGAGGCGGAGACGUCGCAGGAACUCAUGGACAGCACCGACAAAAAGGUCGUAAGCGGCGAAGACCUCGAAACCAACGGGAAGUUCCUCAGUGAAACGCAGGAGAGUCCAGAGCGCUCCUCUGUCUUCGCCGUGUUCAAGAAGAUCUGGUCGAUGGCUCUGUGCAUCACCUGCGUGUUCACCGUCACCCUGUCGGUGUUUCCUGUCAUCGCAGUCCGAGUCCAGACCGUCUACAAGGACAACGCUGCCUGGGACAAAGUCUUCACUUGUAUUUGCUGCUUCAUCGUUUUUAACGUCAUGGACUUGGCCGGCCGCGCAGCCCCGUCUCUCGUCCAAUGGCCUUCUAAGGAGAGCUUCCUGUUUCCUGUCACUGUGGCGUCUCGUCUGGUCUUCAUCCCUGUGGUCAUGAUGUGCAACAUCAACAACUCCAGACUCACCGUCCUCUUCGGCCACGACUGUGCCUUCAUCACCAUCAUGGCCCUGUUCUCCUUCUCCAAUGGAUACUUGGCUUCCCUCUGCAUGGCCUACGCUCCCCAGCUGGUGCACCGUAAGGACCGUGAGACCACCGGCUCUCUGAUGACCUUCUUCCUGGUCCUGGGUCUGGCUCUGGGAGCAGCCUUCUCCUUCUUACUGGGAAAACUGGUCUGAAGACUGGGAGGAGGAGACGUCAGGAAGAGUCACUGACCUGUCCAAUCUGUAUUGAACGAGGAGGGAGGAGCCACUGGUUCCAAUCAAAUGUCAUUUUCAUCCAGUGUGAACCUGAGUCAAGCACUUUGAACUAGGACUUUUAUUUUGUUAACACGUUCAGAAGAGUGAAGAGCUGGAUUUUAUUUUACUGGUUUGUGGAGUAUUAAAACAUGAAAACAUAGUUACUGUAAGACGGUUGAAGGAUCUGUGGAAGGUAAGAUGAAGUAUUUUUGACAGAAGCACAGGUUCUUCAUUUAUUCACAGCUAUAAUUCAAUGAAUGUAAAGUUUUCAUUUACUGCUUUUAUUCUGAAAACAAGACCUCGUAGGA